UCGUGGCUAGAGGACGUUGGUGUCACAGAGGAGAGGGGCUCUUCAAGCACUUUUAUUUCCAGUAAAGCAAGAAAAAAGUAACAAACAAGAUGUUUGCCCGUGCCGUGAGACCUACCGUGAGCCUGGCUCGGAGCCUGUCCACCUCAUCGCAGAACAACGCCAAGGUGGCGGUGCUGGGAGCGUCGGGCGGUAUAGGCCAGCCGCUAUCACUGCUGCUCAAGAAUAGCCCCCUGGUGAGUCACCUCUCCCUGUAUGAUAUCGCGCACACCCCCGGGGUGGCUGCAGACCUGAGCCACAUCGAGACCAGAGCCCAGGUGAGCGGCCACAUGGGCCCCGACCAGCUCGACGCUGCUCUGCAGGGCUGCGACGUCGUGGUGAUCCCCGCCGGUGUGCCCAGGAAACCCGGUAUGACUCGUGAUGACCUGUUCAACACUAAUGCCACAAUUGUCGCUACCUUGGCCGAUGCCUGCGCCCGCAACUGCCCCGAGGCCAUGAUCUGCAUCAUCGCCAACCCCGUCAACUCCACCAUCCCCAUUACAUCAGAGAUCAUGAAGAAGCAUGGCGUUUACAACCCCAACAGAGUGUUUGGUGUCACAACCCUGGACAUUGUCAGAGCAAACGCCUUCGUGGCAGAGCUUAAAGGCCUUGACCCUGCUCGUGUCAAUGUGCCAGUGAUUGGAGGUCAUGCUGGGAAGACCAUCAUUCCCCUCAUUUCCCAGUGCACACCAAAAGUAGAGUUCCCUGCUGACCAGCUCGCUACUCUGACAGGCAGGAUCCAGGAGGCCGGCACAGAGGUGGUGAAAGCUAAGGCUGGAGCCGGAUCUGCUACCCUCUCCAUGGCCUAUGCUGGGGCCCGCUUCACCUUCUCCGUCCUGGAUGCCAUGAAUGGAAAGGAAGGUGUGGUGGAGUGCGCCUACGUCAGGUCUGAGGAGACAGAGUGCAAGUACUUCUCCACACCUCUUCUCCUGGGGAAGAACGGCAUUGAGAAGAACCUUGGGCUGGGCAAGCUGUCCGCCUUUGAGGAGAAGCUGGUUGCUGACGCCAUGGAUGAGCUGAAGGGUUCCAUCAAGAAGGGCGAGGAUUUUGCAGCUAAAAUGAAGUGAACAGGGGACAUUAGUUAAGUUGUAAACAAACAGCAGUUGUGAUUGAUAAUUUGUUUCGUCUUAACUUAAAAGGCAUCGGGGCAAAUCACAAGAGCUGUCACAGUGUUUCCCCUUUUGUUUUUGUUGCAGCAGUAGAGUCAUUUUGAUUCAGAAAUCCUGGUCUUAUCCUGGCUCCUUUUUUCGUAUGUAUCAUUUCCCUUACCAGCCCAAACAUGGCUUUAACUUGCACUUAUGAUUUGUGUACAUACUGCACUGUGACUAUUUUUCAAAUGUGAUAUUGAAGCAAAAAUCAUAUUUUCAUGUAAAGUCUGUAUUAAUGGGGAUUUCUCUGCUUACUGAAUGAGGAGGAAAUACUGUCAUCAUGCCUGCUGAUGCAAAUACAUGUUAUUGAUGAGCAAAACACUCACUCCAUCAAUAAAAAACUUUAGCUUUAAAAAAA